AAGAAGACCGGAAGUGGUCGGGGCCCACGACCCAGUCAAACAUGGCGGACCUCCACCGCCAACUGCAAGAAUAUCUGGCACAAGGAAAAGCGGUAGGGCCAGAUGUUGCCGAGCCGCUGCUCGCCGCGAGUAAGGCGGAGGAACCCGCCACGGGGAGCGGACCUGCACAGCCGUGGCUGGGGCCCCCGGGGCCGUGGGCGCGGAGCUCCGCGGAGCCGGCGGCCGGCCCGGCUUGCGUGCCGAGUUUGACGCGCACGCAGCGGCUGGCGACGGGCGGUGGAUGCCUGCUGUUGGCCGCACUGUGCUUUGGACUAGCAGCUCUGUACGCUCCCGUACUGCUGUUGCGCGCCCGCAAAUUUGCACUGCUCUGGUCGCUGGGCUCGGUGUUGGCGCUGGCGGGCAGCGCGCUGCUGCGGGGAGGAGCAGCGUGCGGGAGGCUGCUGCGCGGCGAAGAGGUGCCAUCACGGCCCGCGAUACUGUACGCGGCCGCGCUGGGCGCCACGCUGUAUGCGGCCCUGGGGCUGCGCAGCACGGUCAUCACGGUGCUGGGCGCCUGCGCGCAGGUAGCCGCGCUGCUAGCCGCGCUGGUCGGCCUGCUGCCCCGAGGUAGCAUCACCGCGCUGCGCUUGGCGCUUGGCCGCCUGGGCCGGGGUGCCGGACUCGCCAAGGCGCUGCCCGUGUGAAGGCCGUGGGCCCAACCCGUCUGAAGACCACCUCGGGCCACUACGGGACCCAUUCUUUCGGGAGACAACGACUAGCCUGCUGCGGGAUCCAGAACCUCAGUGUCUGUCGGACCAGCCCCAGGACUCAGUGCCAUUGGGGUACCACGCCGGGCCAUCCUCUGGUACCCAAAUCCGUAGAGACACUACGUCGGGCCUACGCAGGCAGAGCCAGCGCAAGCCUAGCCAAGCCUACAGCCGCGGUUUCCCGCACCUCCUGCCACAGUAAGAGACGACUCAGUGUCUACAGUGAACUGAGACCACCACAGUUACUAAAACUUACGUUCUGCAUUGUGCAGUGAAGACAUGAUCUUUGUCCUUGAACUGGUGAUGUAAUAUGCUGACAAACAGCUAAGAGAAGUUACUUUUGUACUAGCUAAGUAAAAAAGAAUGGCUCUUCUUUGAAUUAGCUGCUUUUGUGAUUUUUUCUCAGGUUUAUCUUUUACCUUUUGUAACUUAAAAAAUCCAGUGGUGUAAGUAGUUCAAUUACAAUAACUUUUUCUUUU